CCAGAGCCUUUAGAAUGGUUGCCUGCCUAGGAGCUGCGUGGAGAACCUUUACCCAUGCCCGGGAACCGUAUUUUGUGCGCCAGCUCAACCCGCGUGACGCGGAGAGCCGGGAGACUGAGGAAGUAGGGACGUGGGAGAGAGAUGGCAGCAGAGCGAGGCGAGGGCUGCCCAGACAAGAAGCACCCAGAAAGGAUCAGGGACACGGAUUCAGACGCUUCUGCGGCUGGGGAGGAGACUUGACUGUCGUUGGUGCGGGAAGAGCCAGGCGAUGAGGGGACUAGAGAGGGGUGAAGCUGCAGGUGACAGUGGACCUGGUUGCGGUGGGAUAUCUGGCCCGUCGGAGGGAAUACACAAAGCAGGGUCUGGAACUAGCUCUGUAGACCAGGCUCCAAAGCCACAGUGAAACCCUGUCUUGAAAAAACCAAAAAAAAAAAAAGCAGGGUCUGGAGUACAGAAAGCAACGGGAGGUGAGGGGACACGAGCUGAGCUGCCGUUGUGUGGAGGGUGGCUGGAGAGAAAGAAAAGCUGGUGGAAGGUGUCAAGGAGAUAGUGCAGAAUGAGGGCGGGAGAGGCUAGAUAAGGGAGGAGUUGAUGGGUUAAUAGGGUUAUUGUUAUUGAGCUUGCCUUUUUGUUGAAAAAGCUUUGCUUAAAUGUUGGUGGUGAGAAAGAGAAUUGCAAAAUGUGUAUCUGCCGGGCACGUAUUGUGCAGAGCAUGUUGGCACACACCAGUAAUGUCAGCGUGUGGAAGCAAAGCUGGGGUAGGAAUACGGACAGUUUAAGGCAGCCUGGAAAAGAUAACGUAAGGCACUUUCCAAGUGAGUAAAUAAUGUUGAGGUUUGAGGAUACUGCCCCCGUUUAGACCUUCUUCAGCCAGAACAGUGAUGUGACUCCUUUCGACAAGGUCACCCUUUGGUUUCACAGGACUGACUUCUGAAUACUCAAGUUACUCAAGGAAGAAACUGGGAGGAGGAAAAUGAAGAAACAGAAAGAAACAGUAAUGUCUGCCAUGAAGGGGAAGUUGACUUUCAGUGAUGUGGCCAUAGAGUUCUCUCAGGAGGAGUGGGAAUGCUUGAACCCUGCACAGAGGGCUUUGCACAGGGAUGUCAUGUUGGAGAACUACAGCAACCUGGUCUCCCUCGGAGUCACACUUCCUAAUCUGAAUAUUAUGUCUAUGUUGGAAGAAGAGAAAGGGUCCUGGAUCGUGGAGAGUAAGGCAGUAAUAACCAGAAAACCAAAUGGACAAGAAUAUGUGAGGACAGUCAACUCUCUUGAACAUAUAAUUAAAGAUUUACCACCAAAAGAGAGCAGCAAUUCAGGGGAAAUAGACCAGACAGUGGUGUCAGAAAGAUAUAAAAGCAGUGGCACUAAAGACUGUUCGUUCAGAGGACUCCAGAAGAACGUACAGGAUUUUGAGAGGAAAGACAGUGAAAGGAGUUAUAAAUUCACCCAUAGAAGACAUCAAGAUUGUAGAAAGAAUACAGGAAAAUGCCUUAGGAACUUAUUUGAAAUGCAGCCAUUUCCAUCUACAGAGAAUAUUGAUGAUGAUGAACUUCAGUCUAUCACCAGUGGCUUUUCAAUUUCAUCAUCUGAACAGAUUUCGUCUAUUGGUGUCAAAGCUCACAUUGUUCAUGAAUAUGAAUAUGAUGUUUAUUGUUCACUACUUAUGAAAAGACGCAAAGCACACAUUAAGGAAAAACCUUAUCAAUGUAAUGAGUGUGGCAAGGUCUUCAGUUAUACUUCUUCUCUGGCACAUCAUCGGCAAAUUCAUUCUGGAGAGAAACUUUACAAAUGUGUCCAAUGUGGUAAGGCUUUUUUUCGACGUUCUUACCUUUUGGUACAUGAGAGGCAUCAUACUGGAGUAAAACCUUACAAAUGUAAUGAAUGUGGCAAGGUCUUCACACAGAAUUCACACCUUACAAGUCAUCGGAGAAUUCAUACUGGUGAGAAACCAUACAAGUGUAAUGAAUGUGGCAAAGCCUUUAGUGUUCGUUCAAACUUAACUAAUCAUCAGGUAAUUCAUACUGGUGAAAAACCUUAUAAAUGUAACGAGUGUGGCAAGGUCUUCAGUCAGACUUCAAGCCUUUCAGUUCAUCGGAGAACUCACACUGGGGAGAAACCUUACAGGUGCAAUGAGUGUGGGAAAGCCUUUAAUUCACAUUCAAACCUAAAUACCCAUCAGAUAAUCCAUACUGGAGAAAAACCCUACAAAUGUUCAGAGUGUGGCAAGGUCUUUACUCAGAAUUCACACCUUGCAAAUCAUUGGCGAAUACAUACUGGAGAAAAACCUUACAAGUGUAAUGAGUGUGGAAAGGCUUUUAGUGUGUAUUCCAGCCUCACUACCCAUCAAGCAAUCCAUAGUGGAGAAAAACCUUACAAGUGUGAUGAGUGUGGCAAGGUUUUCACGCAAAAUUCACAUCUUGCAAGUCAUCGUGGAGUCCACAGUGGGGAGAAACCUUACAAAUGUGAAGAAUGUGGCAAAGUCUUCAGUCAAACUUCAAACCUCGCAAGGCAUUGGAGGGUUCAUACUGGGGAGAAACCUUACAAAUGCAAUGAAUGUGGCAAAGCUUUUAGUGUGCGUUCGAGCCUAACUUCCCAUCAGGUAAUCCAUACUGGAGAAAAACCUUUCAAAUGUAAUGAAUGUGGCAAGGUCUUUAGUCAGACUUCAAGCCUUGCAAUUCAUCAGAGAAUUCACACUGGAGAGAAACCUUACAGGUGCAAUGAGUGUGGGAAAGCCUUUAAUUCACAUUCAAACCUAAAUACCCAUCAAGUAAUCCAUACUGGACAAAAACCCUAUAAAUGUCUGGAAUGUGGCAAGGUCUUUACUCAAAAUUCACACCUGGCAAAUCAUCGCAGAACCCACACAGGAGAGAAACCUUACAAGUGUAAUGAGUGUGGCAAAGCCUUCAGUGUGUACUCAAGUCUGACUACUCAUCAGGCAAUCCAUACUGGAGAAAAACCUUACAAGUGCAAUGAAUGUGGUAAAGUCUUCACUCAAAAUUCACACCUAGCAAGUCACCGUAGGACUCAUACUGGAGAAAAACCUUACAAAUGUGAUAAGUGUGGUAAAGCCUUUAGUGUACGUUCAAGCUUGACUACCCAUCAGGCAAUCCAUACGGGAGAAAAACCUUAUACAUGUAGUGUGUGUGGCAAAGUCUUUAGUCGAAGUUCCAACCUUGCAAGUCAUCAGAGACUUCAUAUUGGACAGAAACAUAAGUGACUGUAGCAAGGCCUUCAGCCCCAAUUCACUUGCACAAUAUCCAGGAAUUCAGUCUUAAGAAAAUAUUAAUUUAAAUGAUAGAACAACACUCAUCAAGAGUUAAAGUACAUCACUGGUUAUGGUUGUAUGCAUGCAAACCACACACUUGUCAGACAGUUGUGGGAUUUACCAGAGGAAUAAGUCUUCAUCUUCCAUAGCUAAUCUUUGAUGUUACAGGCAACAAAAUAAUUGUUAAUUGCAGAACAAUUAAAGUUCAGAAUAGGCUAAAACUAUACACAUACACACACACACACACAUAUGUUGCAAGACUACAUUGAUAUACCUGGUUGCCUUCAGGAUAUAAAUUAGUCAUUGUUUUGUAUUUCCCUGCAAAGUCUUCCUUAUAAUUUAUGAUUGUCAGCCUCAACUUUGUGAUGGUACAGUUCUUGCCCCAGGGCCUUUUUUUGCACCCUCUGGGAAAAACAGGAUGAAAAAUCACAUUAGUAUGAAAGGAGCAUGUCUAUAAUUUCUGAGAAUGGCUCCACCUUUUGAAUUAACUAUUACUUAACUUAUUGUUUUGUUUUAGUUGUGAUUUACCCUAUGACCAAAGCCAACUUGGGGACUAAAGUGUUUAUUUCAUCUUAUGGAUUAUAAUUAAUUAAGAUAAGCCAGAGCAAGGGCUUGAGUAGGAACGUGGAGGCAGGAACUAAGGUAGAUAAUGGAGAAGGUAUGCCUGCUGGUUCACUUUUCAUGGCUUAACUUCCCUUAUACAACCCAGUACCACCUAGCACGGGGUGGUAGUGCCCAAAUUGGACCAGGCCCUCCCAGAAAAUGUUUGUCAGAUAUACUCAGAGUCCAGCCUGAUGGAGGCAGUUUCUUAAAAGUCCCUCUUUCCAGGUAAUUCCUGGGUGUCAGGUUGACAAGAUCUAAACAGAACAUUUAUCAUCUGAAAGGCAUGAGAUAUUGUAAAACUGCAACGCAAAGUUUUCAAGUUCAUUGUGUAAUUUGGGGGCUAUCUGUGUGACAUCAGCAAUUAAAUGGGAAUGAAAUUAGAAUAUUGAACUUUUUUUCUUUUUUAGUUUUCUUUUUUUAUUUAUUAAAAAUUUUCCCCUCCUCCCAUUUCCCUCCCCCUCCUUCUCCAGUCCUAA